AUGGCUGUGAAUUGGCCUAGAAGAUGGGGUCAUGUGCAGAAAUUGACAGAAAGAUCUGGACCAUUUGCUCAUCCAGAUUUCGAGGCCAGUGAAGAGACAUUGACUUUUCUGCAAGAUACCUGUCAUAUACUGAUUAUUGGUGCUGGUGGAUUAGGCUGUGAACUGUUAAAAGAUUUAGUUUUACUGGGAAUAAGAAAUAUUGAUGUUAUUGAUAUGGACACAAUUGAUGUUUCUAACUUAAACAGACAAUUUCUAUUCAGACCUAAAGAUGUGGGGAAAACAAAAGCUGAAACAGCUGCUAAUUUUAUAAAUCAAAGAAUUCCUGGAGCCAAUGUGAAAGCCUAUUUUGCAAAGAUACAAGACUAUGAUACAGAUUUCUAUAGAAAAUAUCAUAUCAUAGUGUGUGGAUUAGAUUCAAUUGUUGCAAGAAGAUGGAUAAAUGGAAUGUUGGUAAGUUUAGUAAAGUAUGAAGAUGGAGAAUUAGAUCAAUCAAGUUUAAUUCCUAUGGUAGAUGGUGGAACAGAAGGUUUUAAAGGAAAUGCUAGAGUCAUACUACCUGGUUUAACACCAUGUAUAGAUUGUACAUUAGACCUGUAUCCUCCACAGGUUAAUUUUCCACUAUGUACUAUUGCUCAUACACCACGAUUACCUGAACAUUGUAUUGAAUAUAUCAGAAUAUUAUUAUGGCCUAAAGAAGAACCUUUCGGUGAGGGUGUAAUAAUAGAUGGAGAUGAUCCCAGUCAUAUUAACUGGAUUUUAAAGAAAUCAUUAGAAAGAGCUAAAGAAUACAAUAUAAGUGGUAUAACUUACAGAUUAACACAAGGAGUUGUAAAAAGAAUUAUUCCAGCCGUAGCCUCUACUAAUGCUGUAAUUGCAGCUGCCUGUGCUACUGAAGUAUUUAAGUUAGCUACAAGUUGUUGUCAGCCAUUAAAUAAUUAUAUGAAUUUUACUGAUAUAGAUGGUGUUUAUACCUAUACAUUUGAAGCUGAGAAGAGGGUUGAUUGCCCAGCUUGUAGUCAAAAACCUCAGAAUAUAAAUUUUACAGAGACAGAUAAAUUACAAGAUAUCAUCAACUAUUUAACAGAAAAUGUAACUUAUCAAAUGAAGUCACCAAGUAUAACCACAGUAAUUAAUGGUAAAAAUAAAACUCUGUAUUUACAGUCAGUGAAAUCUAUAGAAGAACAAACAAGAGGAAAUCUCAAGAAGACAUUAUCAGAUUUGGGAUUAGUGAAUGGCUGUGAACUUUAUGUAGCAGAUCCAACAACACCAACUUCAUUAACAUUUAUUUUACAAUUAGCUACCAAUAUGGAAUAA